UUGGGCGGGGCUUGCUAUUGCGCAUCUGGUGGGUUAUCGAGUCGACCCUCAAAAUAACCAGUUUAUUGUCUUCACUCGUUUACUGUUGUGCGUUAUGAGAAAGACGCAAAUUAAUAUUCGUAAAGUCACGGAUGUCACAUCCCUUUUUCUCAUAGUGACAGCCACAGUAUAGUGGCAGACAGUACGUAUGCGCUGCGAAGUAACGUAAUGUUAGAGGACUGCGGGGGUUGGGCUUUCAACUUGUUAGUGGAAUUCGAAAGGUAAACGUUUCACACAUGUUAGGAAUUAGUAUGUGUCGGCUUGCGUGACAGAGAAAGAGCACUAGCGUAGGAAUAGCAACGUUACAACGACAACGAAGAGUGUACUGGAGUAUAGAGGUUUCAUAUGACAACUGAAGUUCGAGAAGGUAUGCCGUUAAAUCUCCCACACGUUUGUGGAUCGGCAGUGAAAGGUUUGUUCAAAGAAUUUAAGUUUGCUGUUCCUUGGGGUCACAUAGCAGCCAAGAGCUGUGGCCCUCCACAGGGGCGUCCAGUGCUCUGCCUGCAUGGCUGGUUAGACAAUGCUAAUAGCUUCGACGGACUAAUUCCACUGCUUCCAAAAGAUAAUUAUUAUGUAGCAAUAGAUUUCCCGGGACAUGGACUGUCUUCCCAUCGACCUAAUGGAGUUGCGUAUAAUUUCCUGGAGUACAUUAGUGAUGUCAGAAGAGUAGUUGAACGCUUGGAGUGGAAUAAAUUCGUUAUUAUGGGCCACAGCAUGGGGGGCAACGUUGGCGGCUUGUUUAGCUGCAUUUUCCCUGAUAUGGUAGAAAGGUUAAUACUACUGGACAGUUGUGGCUUCGUACCUUAUAGAAAGGAUAAAUUGGUAUUACAGAUGCAGAAAGGCAUUGAAGCACUGUUGAAAUGGGAAAAGCAAGAACAUCCUCCGAAGGUGUAUAGUCCAUUGACAGCAUUACAGAGGCUGCUGAAGGCUAACACAUCCCUGUCAGAAGCAAGUGCACAAAUUCUUUUACAGAGAGGGGCAACUGAAGUGCCUGGAGGUCUGGUAUUUAACAGAGAUUUCAGAAUAAACCUGGACACUCCAUACCGGACCCCCUUGGAACAGUGCCUCGAGUAUCAGAAGAAAAUUCAAGCUAGUGUAUUAAUAAUACUUGCAAAGAAUGGAAUAUUAUGGUCUAAGUACUAUGCCGAUGAAACUUCACCUUUUAAAGCUGUAGUAGAAGGAUACAAGACAGCUAAAAGUGAGUUUCGAUUAGAAAUAGUUGAAGGAGACCACCAUGUGCACUUAAAUGAACCAGAACAUGUUGCUGGAAUAAUCACCGACUUCCUAUCGAAGGAUGCCACAUCUAAAUUGUAGAGAAGGACCUCGGAUCUUUGAGAAAGAAACCUGCACAUACAAAUUCAGUGGCGUGUUUAUUAUUUUGCACAGAUAUUAAUUAAAAAUAUGACAAAGUGGCUAGUUUGAUGUGACUGUAUGAGAUAGUCGCUAGCAUACUGCAUACUUCAUGGAAUUCUGUGAACUGACCUCAGCAAGUGAGCCGGACUGAUCAUUAUUGUAUUCAACUACUUUAUGUUCGACUUUAAUUUCCACUAGUUGAAUUAGGGUACAGAAUUAUUUUACUGGUGUUUAUUAUGUCUUCACUGAAUUAGUAAUUUGUUGUCAUGUUCCUUUUCCAAAUGAAGUUGAAUUGUCUGCCCACUUUCCAGAAUCUUUUACUUGAAACAGGCGCACUUACAUAAGAGGAUUUUACAGUAGCACCAAUUUCAGCAGAGUAUGCCAGGUGUAACUUUUGCUGUUUGCCCAUUUGACCUCAUGGAAGCUUCUGUAUGGCAGUCUCUUGUGAUGGAUUAGUUGUUGAUGCUUCUGAUCUUUGACAACAGUCUAAAUUAUAAUUAAGGGCAGCACCUAAAUGCUUCUGCUUUUUCAUCUGUCUUGUGGUGCUUGAGAAAUUUUGGGGGGUUUUUGAAAUGAGAAGUGUCCCUAGAGACCUCAGAAGUCCAUACUGAAUUUCUUACACUUACAACACGUUAUUAUAGAAUUUAAACAAAUACACUGAUGUUGAUAUUGUCUGUUGUCCUUUGUCACAGGUUCAUUGUGUUCCUGGUUAUGUCUUUGAGUGUACACUAUUUUCCAUACCUUGGUGGGAAGAAUGCUGCUGGUGGAAGGAGGCUGUGCAUUGAUAUCUCAAUAGCCCUUUUCUUUCUUAAAGAAAUACCUUACUUUAUUUUGAAAUGAAUACUCACUCAUGUCAUGGAAAUUGUGAAGAAUAUCCUAGAUGACUUGCAGAAUAUUAGUGCUUGCAGCAUUCUUUGACCUUUCUGUAUUUUCAUCUUUUUUCACAACACCCUGCUGAAUACUUCUUUCACACUGAGGUCUGUGUAUUAGUUUAAGCUAUUUCAUGUUGUAUGAUGUACAUUGCUUACAGUCUUUGUAUUGGUAUGGAUAAAUUAGUUUGCUUUAAUUUAUUACACUACAUUUUCUUAAGGGCAGAAGGCAAACAUAAGCCUAUAUAGUCUACGUUUUAAAAUGCAUUUAUUCUACUGCCUCCUUCAUCCCCGCCUUUCUCCUUUCUGUUUUCCGUCUGACCAAUGCCUUCUUGAAAGCGUCUUAGGAUUCACUGUCUACCACACAUCCUGGUUUCUUAGUUCUAAAACUCUGAAAAAAAUGCUUUCAAAGAUGCAUAGAUUAGUUAGUCCUUACAAUCAUUUGUGUGUGUCCUUUCCUGCACAGUCUGGCCUUAUGUUCAUAAUGUCCAUGACCCCCUUCACAUCUCCUUUAUGACCUCACCCUUCACAUCUCCGUAACUGAUCUUGUACUGUAUUAUCAUGCCCCCCCACACACCAUCUGUUUUGAUCUCCAGUGAAAAGACUUGCAGCUCCUUUGCCCUCUGAUCAUAUUCUUUCUCCUCCAUUCCCCAGAUGUCUGUGAAAUAUUUCCCAUGUAUUCCUCCCAGCAGGCUGACAUCCCUCUCCUUCUAUGGACUCCAGAACUGCAUGCUUGUACUCAAUGUGUGGUCUGACCUGGGCCCUGUGAUGUGAAAGUGUUAUCUGUUGCUCCUGUCAUAUAUUUUCUUGAGGAUCCAGCCCAGUAUUUUGUUUCCUGCUGCCCUCUCCCUGCAUUCCCAUUAGCCUAGGUGUGAUUGGUACUUUCAGAUACUUUUCCUGAUCUGUAUUCACUAGUUCUAGUCCUCUCCCACCAGCUGAUACAUCACACCAGGGUUGUUAUGGCCUGAAUGCAGUAUUUGUUUGCAGUGAACCCCAGUUGGACUCUUUCUCCUUACUUAUUUCCUUUGCUUAACUAUUCCUCCUCAUCCUCCAUUGCUGCACCUGUCUUUUUUUCAUCAGUCAAAUAGGUUGAUCUUGUUGUCUGUUUCUUCUGAUGUUCCAGACAAUGCAUAUUGCAGACCAGUAGACCUAGGACAGACCUUUGCGGUACUGCUAGAGUCUGUUUCAUAAUUCAUGAUAUUGCCCUUUUACUACAACUCAGUGUGUCCUGCCAUUAGCCUUGCAGCUAUCCAGUUGCUCAGUUUUCUACCCCCAGUUUUCUUUCAGUCUCUUGUUUAGGACUGAAUCUAAAGCCUUGCUGAAUUCCAGGUAGUCUGCAUCUACUGGUACUUGUCUGUUAAGUUUACCUGUGGCUAUGAGCUCAUGUUGGCAUCUUUCCUAAUGAGCACUGCCCUGUAGGAAUGUAACUAGCCUUCCCCUCAGGAUUGUCUUCAUGAUUUUUCCUGCCAGUGUUGUUAAGCUAACAGAUCUAUAGUUCCCCAUAUUUUUCUGCUUCUCUUGUUGUAGAAGGGUAGCACACUCACUAUCUCACCUUCAUCUGGCACUUCUGCAUUAGCCAUUGAUCUGUUGAAGUUCUCCAUCAGGAGAGCUGUAAAAACACACUGGUCAGAUUUCUGAGAACUCCAGGAGGCCAACCCAUCUUUUCCUUUUGCUGUGUUAUCCCUAUGUUCAAACAUGUUCCUUCUGGACCUCUUACUCCUCCAUCCUGAUGUCUGUUCACUGUUCUCACAAUUCUGCCUUGCCUCCCUCCCAGCUUGACACACACUGCUUUCUUUUUUGAAGAUUGAAGCAAAGUACUCCUCUUUUCUGAUUGAUAAUGAUUUCUUAGAUGAUUUUGUACUAAUCUUUGCCUGUUUUAUGCUGAUGACUACUCUAGGGACCAUAUUGUCUUUCUUUCAAAAAGUGAUGUGGGAGAAAACAAAUUAACAAGAACUGUGCUUCCUACAAUGCCUUUGCAGCCUGCUUUUAGUAUACUUAUGUUUAUACAUAUGUAAAUUUUACAUGUUCUUGCAUCUGUAUACCUGCAUAAGCAAAACAAAAACAUAGCUGCAAAUAAAAACAUGUUCAAGAGUUUAA